CCUCUGAAUGGCGUCUUGCGUGUCAGUGAAAGGCAGGCUGGAGCAGGCGGAGAAAUAUAAGACAGAAGGCAAUGAACACUUUCGACAGAAGGCAUAUAGGAAAGCGAUAAAGAAGUAUCACUUUGCGUUGCUGCAAGUGAAGGACAUAUCAGUGAAAGUAACUGCAUCAGGAAUUACCAAAGACGCGUGUAAUCAAACGGAAAAGGAGAAUGCCGAACAGAUUAGUAAAGGAUGCCAUAACAAUCUAGCAGCCUGUUUUGUCAAAACUGAAUCAUGGGACAAAGUUAUUGAGUACACAACUAAAGUGCUAGAAGGUGAAUCACAAAAUGUAAAGGCACUGUUUCGGCGUGGACAAGCAUGGUAUAACAAAAGAGACUACGAGAAGGCACAUGAUGAUCUCACACUAGCACAACAGCUAGAACCUUCAGAUUCAAGUAUAAGGAUACACCUCAAUGCAUGUCGGAAGGCAUUAAAAGACUCCGGAAAAAGAGAGAAACAGAUGUAUGCUGCUAUGUUUAGUUCUGUACGAUAAUCAGAUGAUCUUGUUGAACAGUAGCAUGAUCUAAA